UGAGAGCAGCGCAGCGGCAGCCGGUCUACUCAGCGGCAGGACAAGAUCAACCCUAACAAACUACCAAAAACUUAACCAUCAGCUGAUCGCAACGCAACAAGUUUUCACAGCUCUACUUGGAACAACAACACGACAAACAGCUGCUGUCACCUCUUGAGCACCAACACCUGCCGUUGGUUAGUUAAAGUAAAGACAGCUGCACAGAUAGUCGGAGAAUGGCAGACUCGGCGGCGGCCAACAGCGACGGGGAGGACGGACCCCGUCAGCCCAUGCGCGGCUUCGCGCGCCAGGGAGCCCUCCGCCAGAAGAACGUGCACGAGGUGAAGGACCACAAAUUCAUCGCACGCUUCUUCAAGCAGCCCACCUUCUGCAGCCACUGCACCGACUUCAUCUGGGGUUUUGGGAAGCAGGGAUUCCAGUGUCAGGUGUGUUGUUUCGUGGUUCACAAACGUUGCCAUGAGUUUGUCACUUUCUCCUGUCCAGGAGCUGAUAAAGGACCUGCGUCAGAUGACCCGAGGGCAAAGCACAAGUUUAAGAUCCACACCUACUCCAGCCCGACCUUCUGUGACCACUGUGGCUCUCUGCUCUACGGCCUCAUACACCAGGGCAUGAGAUGUGACCACUGUAUGAUGAACAUCCAUAAGCGAUGUGUGGCCAACGUGCCGAGCCUGUGUGGGACAGACCACACUGAGAGGAGAGGUCGCAUCCAGAUCUCCGCUGAGGUCAAGACUAAUGUACUCACUGUUACCAUCAAAGAGGCUAGGAAUCUGGUUCCCAUGGACCCCAACGGUCUCUCAGACCCCUACGUGAAGCUUAAACUGAUUCCAGAUCCUCGCAGCGAGAGUAAACAGAAGACCAAGACCAUAAAGUGCUGCCUCAACCCCACCUGGAAUGAGACCUUUAAAUUCCACCUGAAGGAGUAUGAUAAGGACCGCCGCCUGUCAGUGGAGGUGUGGGACUGGGACCUGACCAGCCGCAACGACUUCAUGGGAUCACUGUCCUUCGGCAUCUCGGAGCUCCAGAAACAAGGAGUGGAUGGAUGGUUUAAGCUGCUCUCCCAGGAAGAAGGCGAGUACUUCAAUGUCCCCGUCGCUCCGGAGGGGGAGGAGGGCAACGAGGAGCUACGGCAGAAAUUUGAGAGAGCUAAGAUCGGUCCAGGCAAGAACACGGAAGGCAAGUCGGCCAAUGCUGCGUCCCGCUUCGACUCCAAUGGCAACCAAGAUCGCAUGAAGCUGUCUGACUUCAACUUUCUGAUGGUGCUGGGAAAGGGCAGCUUCGGCAAGGUGAUGCUGGCAGAGCGUAAAGGGACAGAAGAGCUGUAUGCUAUAAAGAUCCUGAAGAAGGACGUUGUGAUCCAGGACGAUGACGUGGAGUGCACCAUGGUGGAGAAGAGAGUGUUAGCUCUGGCUGGAAAGCCCCCGUUCUUAACACAACUGCACUCCACCUUCCAGACCAUGGACCGUUUGUAUUUCGUCAUGGAGUACAUAAACGGUGGAGAUCUCAUGUAUCAGAUCCAGCAGGUCGGCAAGUUCAAAGAGCCCCAUGCUGUAUUCUAUGCUGCGGAGAUAGCCAUUGGUCUGUUCUUCCUACAUCAAAAGGGCAUCAUCUACAGAGACCUAAAGCUGGACAAUGUGAUGCUGGACUGUGAGGGCCACAUUAAGAUAGCAGACUUUGGCAUGUGUAAAGAAAGUAUGCAUGAUGGAGUCACCACCAAGACCUUCUGUGGAACACCAGACUACAUAGCUCCUGAGAUCAUAGCCUACCAACCUUACGGUAAAUCUGUGGACUGGUGGGCCUUUGGAGUAUUGCUGUAUGAGAUGCUGGCUGGACAGCCUCCAUUUGAUGGUGAGGACGAGGAUGAGUUAUUUCAGUCCAUCAUGGAGCAUCACGUCUCCUAUCCCAAGUCGAUGUCCAAGGAGGCCGUCGCUAUCUGUAAAGGGCUGAUGACGAAGCAUCCAGCGAAACGGCUGGGCUGUGGUCCGGAGGGGGAGAGAGACAUCAGGGAUCACAGCUUCUUCCGCUACAUGGACUGGGAGAAACUGGAGAACAAGGAGGUGCAGCCGCCAUUCAAACCCAGAGCCUGUGGACGGGAUGCCGAGAACUUUGACCGUUUUUUCACACGCCACCCGCCAGUGCUGACCCCUCCCGAUGAGGAAGUGAUUCAGAACCUGGACCAGGACGAGUUCCAGGGAUUCUCCUUUAUCAACCCAGAGUUCCCAGGAACUGCUGCUACCACCACUGCUGCCGAGCAGGCUUGAUUUCAGCUCAUGCACGGACACGUGGACACACUCACACAAUACACAUACAAAAUCAUUUCUGUACCCUGGAAUUUACACGUACACUUAUAUCAAUUUAAAAUAUCCCAGAAAUUGUUUGUGUUGUCACAGUCCCUGAGAAGCCGCAAUCUAAAGAGAUACACACACACGGGCUAAACUUUAAACACAUACACACACGUUUGUUGUUCACACUGAUGCAACCUGUGUGAUCCUCUGAGGGUCUAUGUGCAGUAUGAAAUUAGUGAUUGAAUGUUGUGCAGCUAUGAAAUUAGUCACAGACUGAGAAUUUAAGAUUAAGGGAAUAGUUUCUAUAAGUUAACAAUACAUGCCAGACAGUGUGCCAUGAACUGCUUUGGAGAAGUUUACUGCUAAAAGCCAAUGUAGUAUGUGAUAUUGUGCAUGAAACUCAGUAACAUUUGAAAAGAAACAAGAAGCAUGGAAAUCACAUUGACCACAAGUUUGUUGAAUCUUUCUGGGUGAUUUUCAACUUGUGUUGCUCACAGUGUGAACAAAGUGUGUGUGUUUAUUUUACCAGACAUAGUCAAAGUCAGGGUAAGAAAUUAACAGCGACCCUUUAAAAGUUCGGAAAAGGUCAGAUUUGUAGUGAGGGACAAAAUAUUAUAAUAGAUAAAAAGAGUACCAUGUUUUGCAUUAUUGAAGAGUGGUUUAACUGACACAAAUGCAGUGAAUUUACAACUUACAUUACAGAAUAUUGACAAGUCAUGAUUCCUUCAAUAUAUAUACAAAUACGCAACUGCAUAAUUUCUCGUGUAACAUAGCUUCAGCUUGUGAUUUAACUUCUUUUUCUCAUUCCUUAACUAUUCCAGCGCAUUUUGAUUUAGGCCUGUUAUUCUGGUGUGCUUUUUAUUCAAUGUAUAAUGAUAAUGAUAUUGUCUGUAUGUUUAUCCUUAUCUUAGCUAAAACUGGAAUGCUAGACAUACUGUGCAUGAGUUUCUAUAUCAAUAAUAGCCAAGGACUUGGUCUCCCAACAACAAUUUAGCAUCUUAGCAUGUGUUUUGUGGCUCUUUUUCAUGGUUUUCAAAAUAAGCAUAAAAAAACACAAACAUUGGAGUAUUAUUUUACCCACUGAGACAAACAUUGUGAGAUCAGCUUUGUGCCACGAAAGGCAAAUAUCGGAUUUUCUGUGUUUGCUGCUCAUGAUGGUAAAAUGCUGUUGGGAAGCGUCGUCUUUAAAUGGGCUUUGAGUCGGUUAAAUAGAUAGAAAAUACUUCUACUUACUCUGAUUUUCUGUUAUCUAGUAUUUAAGCAAUGAAAGAGACUAGCAGUUAGUUUCUUUGUGUUUUACAAAAGCAUGAUUCCGAUACCUGGGCAUUUGUUUACAGUGUGUUUUAUGUGUGUGUGUGUGUGUGAAUGAGCACUGUGUAUGAAAACGCGCAUUUACGUUUGCGUCGUGUGUGUGUGUGUGUCCGUGUCCGUGUCCGUACCUUCCUUCCCUGUCCUUGUGUUUACAUUUGUUUGCGUGGUGAAUGUCAGCACCCCUUUUUUAUAUCAAGCAGUAUUGGUAUGAUCCACUUUACUUCCAACUAGCGGCUCCAUAAGUGAUGAUAGAGGGGAAAAAAGAGGUGAAAACAUAGAUGUAGAGGAGAAGAAAAAGAUGUUUUUCUGCAUUGAAAUUGAAACAGUUUGGUCCUAAUGUUUCAGUACAUUUCAGUAACAUUAAAAUAAUUAGACAUUUCUAGCAACAACUAGUCCUAAAUCUGACGUUCAGCACUGAAACCUUCGUCCUGAGAGGUUUCCUGGAAAGCACCACCUUCGUACUAGGGGUGUUUUGCAGGUUGGACCCAUGGCUUCCUGCUUUCAAAAUGUAGGUUAAAUACCUGAGAAAGUUUCUAUGGUAGAAAAAAGGCAACUAGCUGGAACAGAUCAACUGACUUUCCUGAUUUAGUUUUUUUUUUUUUUUUUCAGUUACAUGGGAAAGGAUUUUGAGGCUCAACUCACUGUGACUGGUUUUGUUUCACGUAGCCUUCAGCAUGCGCAAUAAGAAUUUCCAUCCUAACCACAGCUGCAGUAAAUGUGGACAGAGGAUAAAGCUGGAAAAUAUGUGUGUGUUUUGUCUUUUGUUUUCCUUAGCUAGCAAUAAUCAGGAGGGAAAUACUGUUACUGAACCAUCUUUCAGAGGACUCAGGUUAGGGCUGUAAUUGAUUUGCAUACAAAGUCUAUGAGGUGAUGAAGCUUAUUGGUAGGCAUAUUCAUUUCAGCCAGAGAGAGAACUGGCUGUACUUUAUUUAAGUGCAGUUAACAUUAUCUUGAAGUACCUGAAGUCCUCCCUCAUAUCACACUCCUCUUCAUCACUGAGGGACAACAGGAGAGUGUUUUUCUGCAAAGUGGCCACAUUCAAGCUCACUGGUGUUUAUCAGUAGUUGUGGUAUGAUGUUUUUUUACAUGUAUAUCUGCAGUUGAAGAGGUUGAUUUUGUUCAUUUUUCUGAUACAGAAGGAAUUAGAGGUAUUUGAGGUCCUACUAUAUUGCUGCUCUUUUUGCCUGAGGCUGCUUGUUAAUCGACAGCUCAUGAUGCUGCUGCCAGUGUUAGUGAUCUUUCUCUGUUUGGGUCGACCACGUUUUGGAUAUUUUAGAUCCUUGGAUCUGAUUAUAUUCUGGUAUAUGCAGACUGGGUCUGACUGUGCUCAGGUCCCUGUUUUUUAAACAUCAAUUUAAGCACUCUGGGUUUGAGUAGGUUUACCACAGAUCCGUCUCAGAUCAUUUUAGACCUGUUGACACCUCUAUUAGGAAUGCUAUUGUAUAGUUAGCUUGAACAAAUGCCCGCAUGGGAGUCACUGUGGCCUCCCCUAGCGUGACUACUGCACGCUAGCAUGAUGGGACAUAUCAUGAAGACAGUGACUGAUGUCUAAAGUGAAAAACUGAAUCAAAGUAUAAUGAUUUGAAACAGAAAUCUUUGAAUUUUGAAAAGUUUUUUUCAUACAUGCAUACAACUGUCUGAUAGCUAGGUAAAGAAACACCUGUGUUACAGACAGAUCGUCUAAAAUUUGGCUUAAAGAUCAGGAUGCUGUUGAUUUUUGCUGCGGCCUCGUUACCGGGUGAAUCGAUGGAACAAGUCAUAACUAACAUCUGGGUACAGCUGGUCCUGUCUGUGACCUCUAGUCUUAAACUUUAAACUGCUGAUCAGUUCAGCGCUGAAGAGCAGCUUUAGUGCUUUCACAUGUCAUUCACGGUUAUGAGUGUUUUUAUGACUCGACAAAAUGAAGCUUAUUCCAUGUCCAUUGUGUGUGUCGUACCGUCGUUGUCGGUAUUUAUUAUAAUCAAUGUCCCCUGUAUUACAAUAGUAAAAAAAAAACACCUAUAUAUACCUAUACCUAUACAGAAACUUAUAUAACUGUGUCAAAUGUUGAUAUAUACAUAUUAUAUACGCCACGUGGUCAGUAUUGUUAAGGACAAGAGGAAUAGAGGUCUUACUCCAGGAUUUGUGUUUUUGUUCCUAUGAUUUCUUCCUGCUGAAGGAGAAGCAAAAUGAAAAAUGCAUGAAAAAUGCUUUUGUUUUACCUUUUUGUUAGUUAGGAUUUAUAUACAUUUAAAAUAUUAGGGUGGUUCAUGUUUUCUGUGUCAGCAGUGCUUCAAAAGUGUGAUCCGAGCUACUGUGUGAAAUUCUGAAAUAUAUCUAAAGAAAAAAAAAAGGAAAAAAUGCUUCUCACAAUGCUUUCCAUGUGCCAAAAAUUUUUUGUUUGUUUCUUUUUUUGUUUUGUUUUUUGUUUUGUUUUCCAGGAAAAACAGGCAUACCUAAAAUAAAGGAUUUAAAGGAUA